AUGGACUUGGAGGGCGCAUUCGACGAGGUCAUGGCGGCGCUCUUGUGCGCCGACAAGCGCGACGUGGAUGACAUCACGCGCGUUCUGAUUGGCCUCGCGCACUUUAUCGCUGCCAUCGACGAGACGCUCACGGCGACACACCGCAUGACGCUCAAGCAGGUCGGUCGCCAGUGGCUCGCGGCCGUCGAGUCGACCUGGUACCAGUACGGCCUCGACGACGACGCCAAAGGCCUCGAAGCGCAGCUCGAAGAGGUGCGGGACGCGCUCGCCUCCGUCACUGACCACCCGACCAAGAACGUGCACGUCCACGACUCGCUACCGCCUAUCGCACUGCGUGAGCUAAGCUUCAUGGAGGCUGGCUUUGGCUGGCAGACUUGGGGCGCGAGCCUCGUUUUAGCCCACGCGAUCGCAACGGACGAAGUCGACGUCCGCGGGCGCCGCGUGCUCGAGGUCGGCUGCGGCACCGGCCUCGUCGGCAUUGUCGCCGCGCUCAAAGGCGCGUCCGAGGUCGUCCUCACCGACUUUCUGCCCGAGGUCCUCCAAAAUGCACGCUUCAACGCCGAGGCCAACGGCGUCCGUGACGUCUGCUGCGUCGCCAAGCUCGAUUGGCGGUCGCCGGUCCUCGAGCCUGAUGAUGCGAAGCGUUUUGAUAUGAUAUUGGCGGCCGACUGUUGCUACGAAAUCGAGCACGCCAAGCUCCUCCCACCCGUGUUCCAAAAGUACCUCGCCACAACGUCCACCGUGCACCUGGUCAACGCGGUCCGAUGCGGGUUUGACGCAGAGCUCAAUGCGUGGGAAGCAGCAGUGCGCGACGCGAACCUCAUAUUCGCGAACGUGCACGCGAUUCACGACGAGAGCGCUGUGGACAAUGGCCCACCCGCAGAGUUUCGCUACUAUCGCAUUGCCCACCCCAGCGCAUAGCAUUUUAUGUCAAGACAGUGUCUUUUACAGUG